AUGGAGGCGACUUGCGCUGACGCAGCAGCUUCAACAGCACCGCUUGAUCCAUCCGAUCAGACAUCUCCUACGAACGCUACCGCUAACGGCAAUUCGGUUACUGAAGACGAAGCUGCACUCUAUGAUCGACAAAUUCGACUGUGGGGUCUUGCCGCGCAAACGCGUCUUCGAUGCGCGCACAUCCUUAUCCUCGGUUGGAACGGUAUUGCGACCGAGAUCCUCAAAAACACUGUUCUCUCAGGAAUCGGUAGCAUCACCAUCCUCGACCCCACUUGUAUCGAUGGGUCGGUCGACUUACUCUCUGGGUUCUUCUUUCGUGAUGAAGAGGUAGGGCAGCCAAAGUGCAGUCAGGGACCUUUGGGACGCGUACGCGCGCUGAAUCCGCUUGUCAAAGUGAAUGGGAUCGCUGACAUGGCUAGCUAUACCAAGCUGAUGCAAGGAGGCAAGGAAGCACAGGCUUGGAUCAUGGAGCGUGGGGUUGACGUUGUCGUUGCUGGUACACCGUUGCCUGAAGAAUCGGGUGUUGCGCAUGUUGGAUCACGAGCGAGUCUUGUCAAACUCAACGAGACGACGCGGUCGGCAGGUGUCAAGUUCUUCUUUUCUGCAACGUGCGGUUUUGGUGGAUUCUACUUUGCCGACCAGAUCACCCACGACUACCUACUUGAAAAAGCCGCUCCGCCACCCACAGCCAACUCUACAACGUCGACCGAUACUUCGGAAACACAACGUGUGAAGAAACGACAGAACUUCGUCCCACUCUCAUCAUCGCUCGCAACCAAGUGGCAUUUGUCGGAACGACAGCAGCGUCGUACACGUAUUCCGCUGGAUUGGUUCAUUUGGCUGGCGCUUACCGAUCUCGAAACGCGUCUUGCCCCCGAUUCCGCCUUGACCACCCUUAGCUCUGCUGCGCUCAAGGAGCGUACAGAGGCAUUGAUUCGAGAGAAGGGCCUUGUCCCAAAUGUGAUCCUCGCGAACCACGAAGAUUCUGUAUUCGACAUUGUAGCAGCGCAAGGCGCAAUGGGUGUCACAUUGUCACCCGUAGCAGCGGUCGUGGGCGGGAUAUUGAGUCAGGACAUCCUCAAUAGCAUCGGGGGGAGGGAGGAACCAGUCGUCAAUUGGUUGUUCUUGAACAUGGACGCCUCAGGCGCUACCACGGUUCAUAGGAUCGGAGAGCUGCCAAGCGCAGUGGUCGUCGAUUGA